AGCAGGUGGAGGGCGCUGUGUUGUUUGGCCAUGGCGUCGGAGAAGCCGAUUGUGGCCGUGACUUGCACCGCGCCGGUGAACAUCGCUGUCAUCAAGUACUGGGGAAAGCGAGAUGAGGAGCUGAUCCUGCCCAUCAACUCCUCUCUGAGUGUCACUUUGCACCAGGACCAGUUAAAAACCACCACGACGGCCGCCAUCAGCAAGGACUUCGCCGAGGACCGGAUUUGGCUAAAUGGCCAGGAGGAAGACGUGGGGCAGCCGCGCCUGCAGGCCUGCCUGAGGGAGAUCCGCCGCCUGGCCCGGAAGCGGAGGAGCAGUGGUGAUGAGGACCCGCUGCCCCUCAGCGUCAGCUACAAGGUCCACGUCGCGUCGGUGAACAACUUCCCCACGGCCGCAGGCCUGGCCUCCUCGGCGGCGGGCUAUGCCUGCCUAGCAUACGCCCUGGCCCGAGUCUAUGGGGUCGAGAGUGACCUCUCGGAGGUGGCUCGUCGAGGCUCGGGCAGUGCCUGCCGGAGCUUGCACGGCGGCUUUGUGGAGUGGCAGAUGGGGGAGCGGGCUGACGGGAAGGACAGCGUCGCCCGACAGGUGGCCCCCGAGUUGCACUGGCCCGAACUCCGAGUCCUCAUCCUUGUGGUGAGUGCCGAGAAGAAGCUGAUGGGCAGCACGGUGGGCAUGCAGACCAGUGUGGAGACCAGCCCCCUGCUCAGGUUCCGGGCCAAGGCCGUGGUGCCGGCACGCAUGGCAGAGAUGACCCGCUGCAUCAAGGAGCGGGACUUCCAGGGCUUCGGCCAGCUGACCAUGAAGGACAGCAACCAGUUCCACGCCACCUGCCUGGACACCUUCCCGCCCAUCUCUUACCUCAGCGACACCUCCAGGCGCAUCAUCCACCUGGUGCAUCGCUUCAAUGCCCACCACGGGCAGACCAAGGUGGCGUACACAUUCGAUGCGGGCCCCAACGCCGUGAUCUUCACCCUGGACAACACCGUGGCCGAGUUUGUGGCUGCAUUGAGGCACAGCUUCCCCCCCGAGUCCAAUGGAGACAAGUUUCUGAAAGGGCUGCCCGUGAGGCCUGCCCCGCUCUCAGACGAGCUUAAAGCUGCACUGGGCAUGGACCCCACCCCGGGAGGCGUCAAAUACAUCAUAGCCACUCAGGUAGGGCCUGGGCCUCAAAUCCUGGAUGACCCUCACGCUCACCUCCUGGGUCCCGAUGGCCUGCCGAAGCCAGCUGUUUGACUGCCUCCUCGACGGGAGCCCCGGCUGCUGCUUGGGAAGGGGACGCUUCGCUGGGACUGGGGAACCGGGUGUGGCAGCCGACCAGGCUGUGCUUGUUGGGACUUGUGGGUGGCCGCCCGGCUCCGAGCCGGGCAAUGUGCUGUGGUUGAGUUGGGGCAGUGGACUGGCCACCUGCAGUUGUCCAGGUGGUGAGGAGCAGCCCUGCCCCCUGU